AUGAACGAAGAAUGUGCGUAUCCUUUGAUGGCUGCGUGCAUAUGCCACGAUACUGGUAUCUCGAUGGAGGGUCAUACUAGCCAGUCAAAUCGUACUUCCCUUCCAGAACACAUUCUGUUACACCGCUCUAAUGAGCAGGCGCUUUGGACUCAAGAUAUGGGUCUUUUUCUCUUUGGGGGAUUUCGUAAUAGCGGUUUCAUUCCCGCAGGGAAACAACAUAUCCCCAAAGUCUCCAAAAAACGAAGAAUUUGGAACAGAAUUCAGGAUCACCGAAUCAUGGUGUAUGUGCUGUCUAUAGAGAUAUCCGGGGCAGGCGAAGAUCCCCAGCACCGGUCUCAUUGGGGAUUUACGAUGCAUAAGCCCUCAAGCCCUAUUAGCGACCUAUUCCACGUGGAGGUGAUCGACAUCGACAGACCCUGGUUUCAAUUCGAAUCGAGAAUGGGUACCGGCCUGCGCACCAUGGAUGCCAUUGGCGAGGUCAAACUUGGCGAGCUUAGUGAACAGCAACGUCAACAGGCCAUCCAAGUUAUCAAAUCUUCGCCUGCACCAAGGGAUGGAAAGAAGAGAUGCCAGGAUUGGGUUUAUGACAUCCUGCUGUCACUGGAGAUUGAAGAGCUAGUCCCGUCUGGCACAUACCACUUCUGGAAGGGGAUGGUUGGGAAGCCGGCACAAGCUAUUCAGGCAACGGAGGUGUCAACUGGACGACUCUAA